CCUCCACACGGGGCUCAGAUAUUCAGACUCGUUCAUUGGCAUUUUGGCGUGCGGAGCUAAUUAGCAACCAACAGACUUCAACUUUGGGAAUAGGGAAGAGAUCAGUUGCGAAAUCGAAUUCUCAUGGUCGGCAAGACACCUGUUGUUUGUUAGGAGUUGAGCCUCGGUCUCGAGUGGGUCCCCUGGGCCCUGCUCCAACGUCAGCCCGGACCGGACGGUGAAGCCUGGGGUCCGGGGUGGGAUGGACUGUUAGUGAGAAGCGUGGCCGCACACCAGACACGCUAACAUUACGGUAGUCCCUCGAGGUUAGUGCCAUGCCGAGCCACUGUUGGUGUCUUGGUGGACCAUGGACGACAUCGGGCGGGUUUCUAACUUAACUUUCGACGUUACAUGCCGCUCAAGCCUCACCCUAGCGUAUUGGCUAUUCAGCAGCUAAAAUGCCUUGACUCGUUCGACGACGCCGAUGGCGCAUGGUGACAUGCUCGAAGCCACGACUCAUGCACCCAAGCUUCAGAGAGCUCACUAAUCGGACCUCCAUCUCGGAAACAGCUCUCAGACCCCCUUUUUCACGAGACUUGUUAGCCAUGCAGGCUCUACGGGGCAUGGGCAAACCCAUCCUCCACUUUGUCGGAAGAGGCAGAGCAGGGCACGUCGGUUUUUCAAUUUGGCAAGCAAGAUAUCAACCAACCCACGGCAGACUUUGCCUCUCCUCUGGGGCCGACCGCAAGAAUGCAAGGUCUUGUCCUUGUCUCGUCUUGCAGAUCGCCGGAGUUUGGUGCGGUUAUUGGGCACUCAGAACAUUCGUUGUGCGGCAUACCGGUUGGCGGAGUGCCGACACAUUUGGGGGCGAAGCCACAGAUGCACGUCAUGUGAGCCGACCGACACAUGCCAUCAGAGAACAACCGAGACACAACGAGCCAGAUUGUUUAAUCAGAUCAUCAGAUGAGGUUUCAUUCAUCAUACCCUCCCUACCAAAGACCCUUGCUUGCUCCAUUCAUCAGACUCAGACCCCUGUGGAGAGCAAUGAGGGUAUCGUUGAAAGAACGCCCCGAGAAGUAAUCGCAACCGCAAAACCCAGUCCCAGACGCUAGAAUAAUCAUGCAUACCGGACGCCUGUCCUUCCGAAAGAUCCACGC